AGAGAGAGUGAGAGGGAGGGAGCAAAGGAAGCGAGGGCAAGAGUGUGUCAAUGUUUCUUUCUUCACUCCGUGUGCUCUUUUUCUGCGGUUAUCAUGGACAUGGAAUCAUCAUAUCAGCAGCUUGCCCUCUAAAGGACCUGACAAAGAAGUGACAGGACGAGAGAGUGGUGUUGACGGGUUCUGAAAGAGGCAAAAAUAGAGGCGGUUCUUCAUGCCUCAAAAUUUCAACAGACCAUCAUCUUUCGGACAGACUCAUCUGAAAUUGGACUUGGAACUGUUCUUUCACAGACAAUACAAGGUAUCAGAGUGAUCUGAUAUCAGCAGAGUGUCAUGAGCACAGAAAAAGAGCGCAGCGUCCUGAGUGAUGCAGAGGAGGAGAAGGAGGUGAAGGAUGAGAAGACUGGUGUGCCUGAGGAGCAGGAGUUGGAGGAGCUGAGGGCUCAGAUACUGCAGCUCCUGCUUGAGCUGGAAGAAGCUCGAGACGCGUCUCAGAAACACGAGGAGGGCUUUCUGGAGCUGCAAGGUCUUCUUGAGGAGGAACGGUUAGCGAGUGCUCAUCAGGCAGAGGCCUUCACAAGACAGAUCCAGCGUCUGCAAGCCCAGCUUCGUUCUGUUCAGGAGGAGAUGGACAGUCUAGAGGAGGAGAAGGAGAGUGAGCUUCUGGAAGCGCAGGAGGAACUGCGAACAGCGCAGGACGAGGUGCUGGUGCUACAGCAAGCGGCGGAGGAGGCUGCGGCCGAAAGGGAGAACGACAUCGCCAGUCUGCAGGAGGAGCUCUGCCGUUUACGGGCUGAAAUCUCACGACUGGAGAACACGGGACAGGAGUAUGAGCAGGAGAUCGUCACUCUCCGAGCAGAAAUAGAGAUGAAGAGCCAGUUCCGCCAAAAGCAGAGGAAAGAGGGUAUGGAUUUAGCAGAUAUAAAUACGGUGGUUUCAGGUGAUGUGGGUCAAUUGAUGGAUGAAUGUAAGAGUCUGAGGGAACAAUGUCAUGCACUGCAAGAUGAAAACACAAGACUGACUCAUAGAUUGCACAUGCUACAAAAGAGGAGUUCAGGCAGUUCCUACAUAUCUCUCAGAGAAGAGCAGGAAGAGACAGAAGAGGGAAACUAUAUGCAGUGUGGAACAGAGAUGGAAACCGGAGGUUCUUAUAUGAGUGUGAAUCAAAUAGGCUCCAACUGCAGGCUGGUGGAUGCAGGUAUCCAGAAGAAUAUAUCGUUUGAAGGCAAACCUAUCACCCCCACCAGCUGGACAGGAGGUUUUUCAGAGAUCCUCUCAUUGAGAGAUCAACUCAAACAAACAGAAGAGAAGGCCACACACGUGCAGCGAGAGUGUGAUGGAGUAAAGAAUGAACUAGAAAAUCUGCGGGAAAUGUAUGAGACCAGUCAGAAGGAGCGAGCGGAACUGGAGCUAGAGUUACUGCGCUGCAGGGAAGAGAUGGAGAGGGCUGCUGAUGUAAAAGAGAUGCAGAUUGUUGGUGAUGGUGGACCGGAUGGCUGAAGCUGAGCGGGGGUCGACAGGAGUGGUAGCCUCCAGAGUGGCACUGGCAGUGCAUGUAGCUCAGUGGACCAUGUAGGAUUGGCCUCCAUGGCCUUAAUACUAGGGCAAAUAGGAAAUUCGGGAAUAACCUUUCUAGUCGUAUUAGGGCAGACAGAAAAUUUGGGGACGACCCUCUUGGUCGUAUCUGGGAAAACAGGGAACUCGAGAAUGACCUUUGUGGUCAUAUCUAGACAGACAGAAGACUGGGCUGAGCUGAGGAUGAUGGUGAGCACGGGGCGCUGGUCAGGAGCUAGAUCCCUGGAUCCUUCACCGGAGUGUACUCUGAAGUGGACUCUUUGUCUGGGGAGAAUUCUCAUAUGGACUCAAGGACUGGUGGUAAAUUUAGAGGUAACUCACCGGUAUGAGUGGGUUAUGGUAUACUGUGGAUUCAGGGGUUAGAGUUGGCUCCAAUGUAGAUUAUUGGGCCGUAACGGGCUCAAAACAGAACUCAAAAGUUGGAACGGACUCAUAACGAAUUUUGGGCUGUUUCUUCUUCCUCCUUUGAGUUGAGGUUAAAUGAGGCGCUGAGGCUUUAGUAGUCCUUGGAUUUGGCUCAGACUCAGGAGCAGGCUCAUGGUUUGGAGCAGAUUCUGCAUCUGGAAUUAUCACUGAAUGUUGGGACUGGAGCAGGCUUGGGACUGAACUCUGGGACUGAAGCGGACUCUGGGAUUUUUCUCACUGGAACAGACUGGGGAGUUUCUCCCAGUGGAACAGACUGGUGAAUUUCCCUCACUGGAACAGGCUCAGGAAUUUCAAAGACUGGAAUGGAUUCAGUGAUUUCUCUCACUAGAACGGGCUCAGGGAUUUCAAUUACUGGAAUGGAUUUGGAAGCAGAUUCUGGAUGUAGGGACUUGAUAGGGGAAGUUGUCUUUAGCGCCUUCCAGACGGAAAUAUGUGCAGGAUCUGCCCCUUUUGCUCCCAGGUCAGCACUGUUCGAUACCAUCUUCCGGCCUCAAGGGAAUACUGGAGACUCAGGCCUGGCGGGGAUGAUGGCUGGAGAUGCUUGUGCUCGCAUGAGGAGUGAAGAUGUCAAAGGACUUGCGAGGAGUUUGGUGGUGUUUGAUGGCCCAAUGGACAAAACCUCUGAUGCCAGCAUGGCUGGUUGGAAUGGAGAGAAAGCAACUGAGUGAAACUGGGGUCUUCAAAUGCCAACAUUGAGGGAAGAAUAACUUAGCCACAGCACAUAAUCACAAUAGCUCUCAAGGGAACAAGUUGUAGCUGACGCCGGUAUCUGCUGAUAAAGAUGGUAAUUCAAUCCUCUCCAAAACAUGAUCUUCAUGGUACCAUCAUUCCAUGGGACCAAGUUGGAAAGCUCAAGAAAUUCCUUUACGUAAUCCUCAACUAGACUACCAUCUGGGAAAAUGGAGAUUCGCUGGAUCACAAGGGGUGAGGAAAAGGCCCAUAGUUGGGUCUGGUCUUCUGUCAUAAAACAGAAGGAUGCAACGCAGGUAAUAUCAAAAUAACAAUUUUAGGUUUGGCAGACAAUUAAAAUAAGCUGGCGAGAAUCUGAGAAAUUGGUAGUUGUUGGAGUGUUGGAUAUGGUGGACCGAAUGGUAGGGAUGGCUGAUCCGAAAAACCUACAUUUUGACGCUUUGUCGAGAUCCCGAAACGUUGAUGUUUCAAAACCCAUCCUUCUGUUCCGAAGCGACUAUGGCUAAAUGAAGCAUCAGAGCGUUUCAGAAGUGUUUCGAUGGUGGUAUACCCGCCGAAUCUGCAUUUGAUUGACGGGGUCGGGAACAGACCAAAUCACGCUUCUGUCUCAACCUACUCCCUCAAAGUUUAAAAUGAAGUUACUGCAUCUUCACCUCAUGGGUUUUUGUGAGAGGAGAGAGAUUUUGACAUAGCGGAUGUUUUUGUGGAUAUAUUGACAUUUUAUGCGAUUUGUUAAAAAAAAAUUAAGUUAAACUGUCAUGUGGUUGGCUUUGACAUUGUGGUUGGCUUUGAACCCCCCUCUAUAGAGCGGCUACCAGAAGCUCCAAGACCCACAAAAAACAAACAAAACAAGAGUCCAGGAGGGUGGUGGAACGAUGGAGAAUCAGGGAGAGGGAUGGGGGAGCCAGGUCCAUGGAAGGGAACAGAAACAGGGAGUGACGGUUUAGCCGGCAGCAGGCCCUGGCUCCGGCUCAGGAAAAGCAGGCCCUAAACAGGCUCUGAGCCACUAGAAAAGAAAACGGCCACAAGGAGAGACACAAACACAGAAACAAACGCUGGCUCUGGCUCAGGAACAGACACUGACUCUGGCUCAGGAACAGACACUGGCUCCGGCUCAGGAACAGAUACUGGCUCCCGGCUCAGGAACAGACACUGGCUCCGGCUCAGGAACCACGGACACGAAAGGUCUUAAAGGCCUCUCCAGGAUCUGACCCAGACGUUCCAAAUAGUCGGUCAGUACCCCCCAGGUCAGUCUCUGGCGUGACGUGGCGUGAACCGUCUCUGGUGGGGCAGACGUGAUGUGAAUGAUCUCUGGCUGGGCAGACGGGAUGUGAACAGACUCUGGCUGGCUAGACGGGACGUGAACGGUCUCUGGCUGGGCAGACAGGACUGGAAGGGACGUGAACGCUCUCUGGCUGGGCAGACGGGAAGUGAACGGUCUCUGGCUGGGCAGACGGGACAUGAACAGUCUC